UCUCUCUCUCUCUCUCUCCAGAUCACCAGCCCUCCUCCCCGGUUCAAAACUCCGUUCCCAAGCCUCAUCUCUCCCUCUCGGGGGCAAAGGAUAUCAACUAAAGGUUCUAAUCUCUUCUUGCAUGCCAACAGCAAAAGGAUAUAGAAGCAAAAAAAGAGCUCCCCUCGCCUUGAUUUGAGGCGUCCUUCGGUGUGUAUUUUUUUGGGGCACUUCUGGGUUGAUCAGAGGGGAAAAAAGAGCACCUCUCGUCUUGGUUCUUGCAACUUAUUCAAACAUUAUAGUGGAAGAGACUCAUAGAAAGAGCUCCUCAAAGUUCUAGCUUUUGGUGUUAGAUAUUUAUCAUCUCUUUUCAACCAGAAUAGACUAUCGAGAAGAAGACGAGGAGGAGAAGAAGAUAAGCUGGCAAGCAAGUGGUGGGAGAGAGUGGAUGUGUCGGCGAUGGCCGGUUCCGGCAGCAGCGGCUCCUCUCGCUACCUCCACCACCUCCUUCACCCAACACAGCUACAGCAACCACAGCCACCACCCCAUGACCAACCGGAAACGUCUAACCCCUCGCUGGAGAAAAAGCCAAAGGCCUCUCCCGACAUGGGUGCCGGCGGAGAACAACCGACGAUCUCCGCUGCCUCGGACGGUGGUGGCCCGACGCGACGCCCGCGUGGCCGACCGCUGGGGUCGAAGAACAAGCCGAAGCCGCCGAUAAUAGUCACGCGCGACAGCCCCAACGCCCUCCGGUCGCACGUGCUCGAGGUGGCCGGCGGCGCCGACGUGGUGGAGAGCGUGACGGAGUACGCGCGGCGGCGGGGAAGGGGGGUGUCCGUGCUGAGCGGCGGGGGUGCGGUGGAGAACGUGUCGCUCCAGCAGCCGGGGUCGGGGCCGCCUGGGAGCGUGGUAGCGACGCUGAGGGGGCGGUUCGAGAUCCUCUCGCUGACGGGGACGGUCCUGCCACCACCGGCGCCGCCCGGGGCGGGGGGGCUGACGGUACUCCUGGCCGGCGGGCAGGGGCAGGUCGUUGGAGGCAGCGUGGUGGGCCCGCUGGUGGCGGCGGGGCCGGUGAUGCUGAUGGCUGCCACCUUCGCCAAUGCUGUGUACGAGCGGCUGCCGUUGGAAGGGGAGGAGGAGGCGGCCGCCGCGGCCGCGGUGCAGGGGCAGCAGACAUCGGUGUCCCAGUCAUCUGGAGUCACUGGGGGUGGUGAGGGCGGUGGUAGUGGCGGCGGCAGCGGUGUUCCGUUUUAUAAUUUGGGUGCAAGUAUGGCGAAUUACCAGUUACCGGGGGAUACUUUUGUCUGGGGUGGAGGUGGAGUUAGGCCAUCUUUUUGAUCCUGAAUUGAUGCUUUUUUAAUGGCAAGAGGAAAGGACAAACGAGAAGAAGAAGAAGAAGAAGUUGGUUGUGAUCGCAUGAGAAUUGUGGUGAUGAAGCUGGUAAUUUGCAAGGUGUUUGGUAGCUAGGGAUGGAUGCUAUUAUUUCACCUAUUUGAUGAAAUGGUGGUAGUAGGAUUUCAUAAAUCAGAGGUAUGCGGAGGAAAAAAAGGCACUUGACUUGGAGUUAUUUGCAGGACUUCUGGUUUGGAGUUAUAUAGAAGUUGUUUAACUUGGCCUUGUGUAGAGGAGAAUUAAAGAUUGAGGGAUGGUUAUUGAGGAUGUCGUUUAUUUCUAGAGGAGUUUUUGGCUGGCGUCACGAAGAGUGAGGGUGGGAAAAGUCUCAUUGCAAGGCUUGGAGAAGAAAGAAGGGGACAAAUGGGAUUGCUAUGCUACCAAGAUCAGGAUUAAAAGUUCAUGUUCAAAUCAUGUCAGGUUCUUUUUCUCUCUGUCUUCUUUUUUUAUUCCAUCGUAUAAUGAUUUCUGUAGAUCUGAUGUCCAAAAUGUGCUAUAGUCCUUGUUCCUAAAUGCUUCCCUCUGUUGUAUUGUUCUAAACAUAGUAUAUAAAAUGUCUAUUUUCU